CAAGGUAUAAACCACAAGAAUAAUAAGAGCCCUCAAAUGAAAUCGACCCUCAGAACUGAAGUUGAGAGUGAAGACUGACAACACCAUACUCCAAAACCCCUCCUAAUUCUCAAGAACCCUGGGAAAACCUUUCCGUUUCAAUGGCGAAAGCUCUGGCACAGUCUCGGCGCCGGGUUCUGCCGUUUCUGAUGCCUUCCCGUCUGUGGCUUGAGCAACCCUUGGAGCCUACUUCCUGGCUGCUGAAAUUGGAGGCUAAUUCACCAAACAUCACCUGUGUCAGGUUGUUUAGUGUGCAAGCAAGUCCCCCUGCUCAAGCCCGACAAAUGGGGGCUCUUAAAGUCUCAAUGACAAGUCCUGGAUUUGUGUAUGAGCCAUAUUCACCCCGGGAGCCAAUCUCGUUUUGGUAUAGAUGGUUUACUAGACCUGGUUGGAAAAGAACAAAAGAAGAUAUUAUUAUGGAGCUAAAAAGUGCUUACGCCAUUGCGAAAUUGAGAAAAUCUGGCUAUUCAAAGCAGAAGUUCUAUAAAGAAGCUGUUGAUUUAUACAAAGAGAUAAAUACCCAAAUGGCCAUUGGAGACAAAGGAUUAUUGAGGAAAUCAGUUACAGAGAACAUGUAUUCUGCCCUCAAGAAUGAAAUCAAGCAGAGAGAGAGAGUUUGGAGUCAUGUUUACUGGGAACUGAUGAUGCCAAUUAUUAAAAUGCGAACUCUGCGAGCUCGACUGAUUGGUGUAGAUCGAAAUGACCUCAAUAAAGUGUUUGUACAACUCACGCUUGAAUUUCUUAGCAAACAGAAGUUUGAGGCAUAUGACUCAAGUGGAUCUGUUGUGGCUGGUGACAAAAGCAAGGAGGUUCUUGUACGCGAUAUAUGGGUUUUCGAGAAAUCCCUUUUCCAUCAAGGCGCAUACUGGCGUCUUUGUGGAAGAAUCAAAGUUUAGCUGUCCAUUCCCGAGCAGGUGAUCUGCUUCUCAAUUUUGUAAGAUGCUUAGAUUUGUAUCAAUAAACAAGCGUCCCUCUUUUUUUCGGGAUAUUUGGUCAUUUACCAUUGAUCUUUUAGAAGUUACAGUUUGGAUCUCAUUUCCUUUCUUUUCAAUCAAAUCAUUUUACCUGGAAGAUGCAUCUGCAUUGCUCUCUUUGUUCAGAGAAGCAAAUGGAUUGCAGGGAAGUUGUGUGUAUCUUUGAAAUUGCAGUAGCUUGGCUUUUGAUGUUUCUUUCAGCUAACAUCAUUCA